AUGAGUGUCGAAGCUGAAAAGCCCCUAGGCCCCAUUGAUACCGAGCGCCCAUACAAAAAGCUGAUUGACUUUAGAAACAAGACUUACCUUGCACCCCUUACAACCGUAGGAAAUUUGCCUUUCCGAAGAAUCUGUAAAGAGUAUGGUGUCGAUAUCACUUGUGGUGAGAUGGCCAUGGCUAAGAAUUUACUUCACGGUCAACAAUCUGAGUGGGCAUUGACAAAGCGUCAUGCCUCUGAAGACAUAUUUGGUAUGCAGAUUUGCGGCUCCAAGAUUGAUCAAGUUGUAAAGGCUUGUGAGCUUAUCAACAAUGAAACCGAUGUUGAUUUCGUUGAUCUCAAUAUGGGAUGUCCAAUUGACUUGGUUUUCAAGGCUGGUGCUGGUUCAGCUCUUCCUGAAUCAAGAGGCAAGAUGGUAAAGAUGAUCAAGGGUAUGCAGACUGUACUCGAUGUUCCUGUCACCGUAAAGUUUAGAACAGGUCUCAAGGAGAACACACCUACCGCACACAAAUUGAUACCCCGUUUUGAAGAGCUUAACGUUGGUCUUUGUACUAUUCACGGCCGUUCCCGUAUGCAGCGCUAUACUAAGUCUGCCAAUUGGGAUUAUAUCCGUUCUCUCAAGCAAGAGUUUACCAAGAUUCCAUUGUUUGGUAAUGGUGAUGUUCUCAGUUUCGAAGAUUACAACAACUGCAAGGCUCAAUCCGGUGUCGAUGGUAUUAUGAUCGGAAGAGGUGCCCUUAUCAAGCCCUGGAUUUUUGAUGAAAUUAAGGAACAGAGACAUUGGGAUAUCUCUUCUCGUGAACGUCUCGAUAUGUUGAAGCGUUUCUGUAACUAUGGUCUCGAACACUGGGGAACUGAUAGUCAGGGUGUAAACAAUACAAGACGUUUCCUGUGUGAAUGGCAAUCCUUCUUGUAUAGAUAUGUGCCUGUUGGUGUGAUGGAGGUUGUUCCUCAAAAAUUGAAUGAGAGAGCACCACCUUACUUUGGUCGUGAUGAAUUGGAGACUCUAAUGGCCAGUCCAAAGGCUGCGGAUUGGGUCAAGCUCAGUGAAAUGCUUCUUGGUCCUGCACCUGAAGACUUUACUUUUGUACCAAAACACAAGGCCAAUUCUUUCGAGGUAAUGAUAUAUAUAUAUAUAUAG